UUGAAAACAAUUCACUAGACGUGUUUCCGCUCUGUAGGAAGCUAAUAACAAAUAGCUCACUAGCUGAUGAUAGUUGGUUAAGCGACUCUUAAAAGUGACCGUACAUUGUCUAAAUCAUGGAAACGACUGGCAGUUCUUAUCAACUUGAAAACACAGAUAUAUUCCUGCCGUUGUCAUCACUGAGGCUGCUGAUCCCUCCUCUGCGGCUGCUCUCUGCAGCGAUGUGGCAAGUGGCUCAGCGCAGAGAGGUUCUUGAUUAUGAAAAGGUCGACGAGUUUGUGACGCUGGUGACGGCGACUGUUCCAGACCUGCUCAGUCCAAAGCAACGAGGCAAACUGCUCCUUCGACUGAGAGCGAAGGUUAUUCUUGAGCUGUGCAGAAAUGAGGAAACAGCCAAUAUUCUGCGUAUACAGCCUCACCUGGAACGGAUCCGCCCGGCGGGAUACGCUGGAAGUGGAGAUGCAGAGGUGGACGCAGAGGAGGCCAUUUUUGUGGAGCUCAUCCAAACGCUGCUGAAAGACCCAGCAGAGAGGGAGCAUUUUUACCAGGAGGUUUUUCAAACAGAAUAUGGUGUCAGCUAUGACACAGACAUGCAGCUCCUUGUGUGGGAGUUUCUGUCUAAACUGGAAAAACUCCUGCCAGUACCAGACCUCAGUCAGACGGUUUCGUGGCUGACCUCUGCCCCCUCCGUGCUGAAGGACUGCUUGGAAGCGCUCUCCAGUCCCGACGACCUGAGGUCUCUCCUGCAACACCACAAAUGCCUCGAGCACCUUGGAGCACAAGGUACCACUGUGGAGAUGUCCACUCAGGUCUUCGCCUGCUCUGAGUGUCCAUUCUUCCACAUGCAGGAGACCUUCCUGCUGCAGCACAUUGAGCACAGUCACCCUGAGCAGUACAGCAAACUCCAGAAGGCCGCAGAGACAACUGAGGCCCCCAAGAAGAAGGUCCAGCAUCUCGAGUUCCCAAAGCCUUUCCCAAUCCACGACAGGCCCGACCCUCACAUGUGCCAGGAGUGCGGCAAAACCUUCACACGUGCCUCAGACGUGACUCGUCACCAGCGGACACACACGGGUGAGCGUCCCUACACCUGCGAGGAAUGCAAGAAAGGCUUCAAGAACUCCUGGGAUCUGACCAGACAUCAGCGCAUUCACACCGGAGAACGGCCCUUCCUCUGCUCCCAGUGUGGCAAACGGUUCACACAGAUGGGGCUGCUCAAGCUGCAUUUCGAAAGAACUGCAUGCGGACAGACUUGCAACCCUCCCCUCGACUUAACGACAGAGGUGGUGAUAGCAGAGGAGACGUCAGAGAAAGAGGGCGGUCAGUACAAGUGCCAGAAAUGUGGCGAGAGCUUCGGCAGCAUCCUGGAGCGGCUGAGGCACAGGCAGAGGCACGUGGUGAGGCGUCAGUACAAAUGCUCCCUGUGUGAGAAGAUCUACAGCCGAGCGUCGGACCUCAAGAGACACCAGAUGAAACACACUGGCGAGCGGCCAUUUGCGUGUGAUUGUGGGAAAAGCUUCACGCAUGUGUGGCUCCUGAACAAGCACCGGCAGAUCCACACCAGGGAGCGUCCGUACCCCUGCACCGAGUGCGGGAAGAGCUUCACGCAGCUCCAGAUCCUCAACAGGCACCUGCUGACUCACAAUGGCCAACGGCCAUUCCAGUGCUCCUACUGCGAGAAGAGCUUCACACAGUUGGCCAGCCUCACGCGCCACGAAAGAAUCCACACGGGUGAGAGGCCGUACCUUUGUGCCACCUGCGAGAAGACGUUCCUCACACACGGCGAGCUGGUGAGGCAUCAGCGCAGCCACAGUAACUUCAGGCCGUUCAGCUGCCAGCAGUGCCCCAAGAGCUUCAAAACCAAACGAGCGCAGAGCGAACACCUCAAUACGCACACGGGAGAGCGGCCGUUCGCUUGCGCGCGUUGCGGGAAGAGGUUCGCCAAGUCGACCUCGCUCGUCCGGCACAAUCUGACUCACACAGGGGAACGGCCCCACCAGUGCUCCCAGUGCGGGAAGACCUUCCUCACCUCUGGCGAGCUCCUCCUCCACAAGCGGAUCCACACGGGAGAAAGGCCGUAUCCCUGCUCCUACUGCGAGAGGAGGUUCAGGUGCUCCUCCGACCUCAACAUGCACAUCCGAACACACACCGGAGAGAAGCCGCACAGCUGCCCGCUCUGUAAGAAGAGUUUCUCUACGUCGACGAGGCUGAAGAGACACGUACGCACACACAUGGAGAAGGGCAUCGUUGUGGAAUCCUUUAGUCUUUGAGCUGCCAGGAGCUAAUGAUUUAUUUAUUAGAAGAUGAUGAUUGUUUCUUUGUCUGUAAAAAUACAAACUCUUACAUCAA